AAUGUCAUCUCAUCUAUUAAUGGCCGCAUUAGAAUCGUUCCAAAACACGUGUUUCAAUUUGUUUCGAAAUCACCAAUCUCGAUCAAAAUGCCAAAAAAUAAAUUGAUUUUGGAGAAAAUUAUUGCUCCAACAGCAGAAAGUGAUGAUGAUAAUGAUGAUGAACAAGAUAAUGGUGUCAAUAAUUUUAAUGAUGAAUAUUCAGACGAUUCUGAUGCCGAAUUGGCAAAAGAUUUUGCUAUGGGUAAACUUAAACCAGGUUUAUAUGGUAUGGUUCCAUUCAAAAGAACUGCUGAACAAAUAAAUGACAAAGAAGGUUUGAACAAAAAAUUAAAGGAUAUCAAAAUAUUUGAAGAUAAUUGGCUAGAACGAUUGGAUUUAAUAAGUGAACCGGCCAUAAUUACACCGGAAUUAUUACAUCAAUAUGGUGAUCUUGAUCUAAAAGUAAAUCGUAAAGGUGAAAUAUCCGGCGAAGAACUUGAUGAUCCGGCACAAAAUGAUUUCAAACGUGAAAUGUUAUUCUAUCGUCAAGCUCAAACAACCGUAAUGGAUGGAUUACGACGAUUUCAUAAUCAAUAUAACAUUAAAAAUACUUCUCGACCAGAUGAUUAUUUUGCUGAAAUGCUUAAAAGUGAUGAACAUAUGAAAAAAGUUCAUCAAAAGCUUGAAACACGACAAACAUCAUUGGAAGCAUCAGAUAAAGCAAAACGACAACGAGAGCUGAAAAAAUAUGGUAAAAAAGUUCAACAAGAAAUUCAAUUGAAACGACAGCAAGAAAAACGAGAAUUGUUGGAAAAAAUUCAACGCUAUAAAAAAGGCAAAUUAGAUUCAUUGGAUUUUCUUGAUAAACAAGAUAGUAGUGGACCAUCAACAUCGAAUAAACAACAAAUGAAUAGUAAAAAUGUUAAGAAAAAUGGCAACGCUAAAGUAACAAAAAAACAACGAUAUAAAGAAACAAAAUAUGGUUAUGGUGGCCGAAAAAAACGUUCGAAAUAUAAUUCAUCACAAUCGGCAGCAGAUAUGUCGACAUUUUCUGCCCGUAAACAUGGCCGACCAAAAGCCAAAGGAAAUCGACCUGGAAAAUCACGACGACAAAAAAUGAAAAAUAAAUGAAAACAAUCGACGAUAAUGAUUUGAGAAUUUAAAAAUUGUA